UCUUUCUCCUAAGAGCUUGACAAGAUCAUCUUCUAAUGGCGUAUGGAGAUUUAGCGUUACAAACUUUUGCUUUAUAGAUAAGUUCUGCUUCUUCUUUUUUUUUACAUACAAGAAGAAAAGAUACUCCGAAGAAGAUAAGAGAUAAUAACCAAUUUAAAGCGAAAUCCCCAUCUUGGGACUGGUGAAGUUGACUUUUGUUUUUUUGUUUUCCUAUUUGUUUACUCGUCUUUACUCAGUUUGGUCAUCAUCGCAAAACUCAAAAGCAUGGAACUUCAAGUCCGUCUUCGUCAGAUCAUCAUCUUCUUCUUCCUCCUCUUGACAGUUCUUGAAAAUUCUUCUGCUGCUCGGAUUCUGAGUAUCGCCAAGCCUGAUAGGCAUGACGUUGCCGCAAGCGCUCGUUGGCUUGUCUCUCAGAAUAUUUGGGGUGUCCUAAGCACAUUGUCCAUUGAGCAUGAAGGAGCACCUUUCGGGAACGUUGUAUCAUAUAGUGAUGGUUUGCCCGGGAAAGGCAACGGUGUGCCUUACUUUUACUUGACAACUCUUGAUCCAACCUCUAGAAACGCAUUAAAAGACUCGAGAGCUUCAUUUGCAAUCAGUGAAUCUCCCAUUGGAACUUGUAAGAGAGAUCCAAUGGACCCUACUUGCUCUAAAUUAACCCUCACCGGAAAGUUGUUGCAAGUGAAUGAAGGAUCUGAGGAAGAAAAAGUGGCCAAAAAAGCUCUUUUCACUAAGCAUCCAGAGAUGAUGGAUUGGCCAAAGGGUCAUGAUUUCCGCGUCUUCAAACUCGAGAUCAUCAAUAUAUUUCUGAUCAAUUGGUAUGGUGGAGCUAAACCUAUCACUGUAGAUGAAUACCUUCGUUACAAGGCGUAAGUACCAAUGCGUGAACCCUUUUGAAAAAAACAUCGGAUCAAAGUCGCUUCCUUUUUAUGAAAAUAUCAUCGGAGUUUGAGCAAACGGUGAAAGCAUGAAACUUGUAUAUUUGCAACACAAUAAUGUUUGUUCAACUCUUCUGUACAUAACUGUUGUUUACCUUUCCUUUGGACAUAAAAGUAAAGAACAAAAUGUUCAUAAAUGACCACAAAUCAUAUUCAAGCUUUGAUUGAUUCAUCAUUU